AAGGCUGAACUAGUUCCUGAAGAUCCAAUUGUAAUUGUAGCCGCCACUGAUAUAGACGCUUAUUACACUGUUGCUGGCCCCAAUGGCAGUUAUGUUAAUUUCAUCCAAUCAACUAUUAAACAGCCUUUAGCUAUAAUGAAACAGAAUUUGGACAAGAGUAAUGCGAAUAACAGUGUGGAGAUUACGAAACAUGCUAGUAGUGUUCUACCGGAUGGUUGGCAGUUGGCUAAAGAAAUUAUACGCGAAACAGUAUCGAUUCCACCUGAUAAUAUCGAUCUUAUCCUGUUUUCAAGAAAGCAGUGUAACACCAACGACAUCAAUAGUACAUUGAAUGCCACUGUCGAACCGUUACAUGUUACUGUUGCCUUUAGUCAUAAUGACAGUGGUUCAAAGAAUAUUAAAGUUCAAUUGAGAGAUUCAAAUAAUCAUUGGUUUGUACAAAAUACUGACGAUUUAUUAAGAAAGGUGAAAUGUGUUCUUGGUUGGUCGAACAGUGUCAAUCUACAGCUGUAUACUUCUAAUCCUAAGAAUUCGACUGAUGUGACGAAGCGUCUUGUACAUUUACCGUGUAAUCAGUUACCUACUUUGCAUGGGACUACUCUGUAUGCUGCUCUAUCUUAACUUUUGUGUGUACAAGUGAACUAGUAUUAUGAUAAAUAUAUAUUUCUUUUUGUAUGGA